CAGUGCUGCAAAACUCUUGUAAAAAGACGAUUUAUCCUUUGAUUUCACAGCUGAGCAAAGCGAGGCACAAAGAAGGUACCGAAGAGUUGAAAUACAGACACCAAUGAGUGACACAUACAGGACUGGAAGGUCCUAUAGCGUUUGAAACAAUGUACACUGCGCGUCAGUCCCAAGGCUAGCUUGUUCCGGCUCUUCCUGAGUGCUAGGCCCAUCUAGCCCCACUCUGAUCUCUAGACGGAUCCUGUCGUGCGAAUGGCACAAACCAUGACGACAGCCCUGCGACAAGGCAGGAAUGUCUUCCUCCAUCAGGGUUAAGGCAAGUGCUGGAGAUGCUGAGUUAAAUCCCUGGCCCCUGGCAGUGCAACUUUGGUUUAAAAGCCAGUGCAUCCAAGUAAAACUACAACACUGAAGGAGCUGAGGGAGUUAGGUGGAGAAUAGCCUCAGAUUGGAAGAGACGGAGGCGGAGGUGGAGGCGGGGGCAAAAGAGAAUUCGGAGGAGGAGCCCAAGACAGAACUGUUUCUGGCUUCACUGCCAGUUUUCAUUCAGACUUUCCGAAAAGAGGUGGAGAAACCUAAAGAUUCAGAAGAGGUUCUUUGAGCCAGAUGAAGCAUUAAUUCUGCUAUUCUCAGCAUGGAUAAACCCUUUUCUCAAGAUCUUCCACACCGGAUCCCAGAAUCCAUUCUAAUAAAAGAUUGUAAAGAGCAGGAAGAAACCUUCUGAUUUCAUCCUGUCAGUCCCCUUACCUGAAAGGAAGACAGAUCUUCUGAUGUGCCCUGAGAUCCAUGUAACUACAAGGGCUCCUGUUUAUCACCAUAAGUGCCACUCUGACGCAAAACCACUCAGAGAUCAAAAAUCAAGGCAAAAUGGAUGCCACAGUGAUGGAUGAUUUCCAACAAAUUUUGCCUAUUGAACAGCUGCGCUCUACUCAUGCUAGCAAUGAUUAUGUGGAACGGCCUCCAGCCCCCUGUAAACAGGCCCUCUCCAGUCCUUCCCUUAUCGUGCAAACACACAAGUCUGAUUGGUCCCUGGCCACCAUGCCAACUGCUCUUCCCCGCAGUCUCAGCCAGUGCCAUCAAUUGCAGCCCUUGCCUCAGCAUCUGAGCCAAUCUAGCAUUGCCAGCUCAGUGUCUCAUAGCACCACUGCCUCUGAUCAAAGGCUCUUGGCCAGCAUCACCCCCUCACCUUCAGGCCAGUCCAUCAUCCGAACCCAGCCUGGAGCAGGGGUCCACUCAAAGGCUGAUGGUGCUCUGAAGGGAGAAGUUGAGCAAUCUGCAGGACACCCCAGUGAGCACCUCUUCAUCUGCGAGGAGUGUGGGCGCUGCAAGUGUGUCCCCUGCACAGCAGCUCGCCCUCUCCCCUCUUGCUGGCUGUGCAACCAGCGUUGCCUUUGCUCUGCUGAGAGCCUCCUCGAUUAUGGCACUUGCCUCUGCUGUGUCAAAGGCCUCUUCUACCACUGCUCCACUGAUGAUGAAGACAACUGCGCUGAUGAGCCUUGCUCCUGUGGGCCUAGCUCUUGCUUCGUCCGCUGGGCAGCCAUGAGCCUGAUCUCCCUCUUCUUACCCUGCCUGUGCUGCUACCUGCCUACCCGUGGAUGCCUCCAUCUGUGCCAGCAGGGCUAUGAUAGCCUCCGGCGACCAGGCUGCCGCUAUGAGAAAACUGAAGCUGGACAUAGGAAAGGACUUGCCCAAAGUCACUCUGAAUUAAUAGUAGAAUCAAGACUGGAAUACAGGUCUUCUGACUUAGUUCAAUAUUUUCCUCCCCUGCACCACACUGAGUCAUGGGGCUUUUUCCUAGGACUCUUAUGAACAAUGACAGAAAGCCAUUCCCUUCCAAUUACCUUUCAGUAAUCGCUCCAUGUUACUGUGGUGGUCUUUCUGCAGUGCAUGGUGGGUAGCUAAUUAACUAACAGGUGUUGAGGCUGCCCCCUGUGGAUAUCACCUUUGGCUCAGUCACCUUGUAGAAGCUCAAGUAUGGAAAAGAAGCCCUAACUAAGCUGUAUCUUCGCCAUUGCAUCUACUCUUUGCUGCACACACUGUGCUUGCUCCUGGCUUUGUCUGCAAUGGCAACUGCCUGAGAACCUAGAUUUCAGCAACAGUGAAAAACUGAGAUGAAAGAUAUAUAACAUAGAGAAGUGACUCCUUUCUUUAAAAAUACAAAGAGCCUGUGCUGCAAACCCCUUUCAAUGGGAAAAGGCUGCAGUUAUGAUGGUAGGCUCCUAAAGACUGUUGCUAAAAGACAUGAGAAUUAUAUAGUUUUCCUCUGUAAGUGAAUCCUAAAUUCACCAAGGAAUUCAGAGAUUGAGGGCACUUGCUUGAAAUCAAGGUGCUCCAACUUAGUUUAAGACUUCCAGACUCUAUAUAUCAUCUUUGAAAGUGUGCAUUGAUGUGUGUUUCAGGGUGGAGAAUUGAGAAAAAUUGUAUAGUCAUACACAAGGGGAAGAAGGAGGGACAUCCAUGCCCCUUUGUUGGAUAUAUUCUACAUAAAUAUGUGCCACUUAAUCUUUGUUGGUUCUGAAUCUUCCUGAAGUGUAUUGACAUUUGGCUUGCACAUAAUCCCACAUCUUCACCUACACUUCCUCUUCUAGAAUUGCUUUGCUCUAUUUUUGUAUAUAUAAAUAUGUUAUGAUGAUUAUUAAUAAUGUUAAUGAUAUUGCUGCAAAUGGUGCCAUAUAUAAGGUUAGGCUUCUUGUAACAUUUAUAAAUCUAAACCAAUAUCUGUAAUCUCUUAUGUUGCUUUUAGAUACUUACAUUUUAAGUACCUUGUUUUUAUCUUAUAAGUCUGCCUGAUUAUACUUAAGCCUAUCUUUUCCUAAAAGUUGUGCUCAGUCCUCUGGGUCAAGCUGGAAGGUGAUGAGUAACAACAUACACUUCUCUCUGCUUCUGCCUGAAGUUUGCUUAGUACUCAGAUAUCUAAGGAUUCUCUAACACUAGUGCAUUGUUCUGGAGUUAAAGUUAUUAUAUAGAUGUUUGCUUAUUAGUUUCAGGGCCCAAAAUAAGUCCCUCUUUCUUGAUAAUUCUUUGAUAUUCCAAACUUGCAGUCCUUACUCAGGCAAACUGUGCACUGCCAGAGGGGCCCUGGGCUCUGCCAUAUACCUAGAGGAGCUCUUCUCAGUGUAUUUCAAAAUGGCCUUACACUUGGGAGAAGAAACUGGAGGAUUACUCGAUUGCAGUUGCAAUUUGCAGUCUGCUGCUGAGCCAGGGCUUUCACUUGUGUCCAAGUUGGCCUGAUAUGGACUGCAUCUGGUUUACAUAUAGAUGGGUCCUGUUGGGGUAUGCGCAUGGACGUGUGAGUGAGUGUGCUUAUGUAUCCCUUCUGUGAUUUCAUAUAUAUAUAUAUAUAUAUAUAUAUAUAUAUAUAUAUAACAUAUAUAUAUAUAAACAUAUAUAUAUGUAAAUAUAUAUAUUCACACAUCUAUAUAUUUUAAUGUAUUGCACAUGUAUAUUUAAAAUAUAUACAAAAGAACUCUAAAUCCUGCAGAAUGACUCUGUUUUCAUUAUUUUUCUACUUUGUGUCAUGUACUUUAUAAAUAGAAAUACUUGGAGGGUAUUUCCUGCUUGGCAUUUUCUUACAGUUAAGUCGUGUUACCCCUUAACUCUACUACUUUCUACAUUCUGAUCCCUUGAUACAUUUUAUAUGACAUUAGCCAAGAGUUUCCCUUGGGAUUCAACUCAUCUUCCCUUAUCACAAUAGCUAUAAUAAAUAUAGCAAACAUUUGCAUAGUGCUUACUAUGUGGUAAGCACUACUUUUAACAUAUUGCUUAUAUUAAUUUCAUUCAGUCUCCACAUUAUGAUGUAGUUACUAUUUCCUUACCUGUCUUAUUGGUGAGAAUAUUGAAGCACAGAGAGUUAAAGCGGCUUUCCAAAGAUAACAAUUGUAAAUUGUGGAGUGAACAUUUGAACUUAGGUUGUCUGACUCUCAGGUCCAUGUUCUACAUUCAUAUAUACAAAUAUUAGGGAAAAAAGAAAUUUGUGGCAGAUUGUAAAUCAUUUUGGAGUAAUAAAUUGUGGAUGGCCUUUUCCUUAAUUCUACUUCAUCUGUGGCCUGAGAGUUGAAAUAGAUGUGCUCCUUUAUACAAAUAAAAAUUGAGCACUAAUUAUAGACGUAUAUUAGCUGUCUUACUUCCCAAGAUGAUAGUAUUACAAUUUGAUUUUUGCAGAUUGAAAUGACUUUAUUCCAGGUUCCUUUUUUCCAUACCUAUACGUCUUAGCUUGAGUUUUGCUUGGAGCAAAAAGUUUAUAUGCAAUCCAAGGAAGAAAGACCAAGGAAAAGGAUAUAUCAGGGAAAGAAGAACAAAAUAGUAUGUGUAUUAUUGAGUCUGAGUUGGCUACAAUCUUUUUCAUGGCAAGCUAAUUUCUCAAUCUCUAAUGACAGACCAUAUGAAACUACUACAUAUUUAUACAACUCAUCUGUGGAAGAAAGGAAGAACAAUUUGUUGGGUAGCUCCAAUUGCAUUACACACAUUUCUUCUUUACAUGAUAUUAACCUUUCUGAGUUUCUGGGUAGUGCAUAUAUGGGCAUGCAAACAUGUACCCUUGGCAGCAAUGAAGAGGCACUGUUGCUCCAGUACAGACAGCAAGCCAAGCAUGUCAAUAUAGGGAGUGGUAUAAACUUAAAUUGCUAUACUCAGAUGAUGCUUAUACCUCUAAUUAUAUUCUCUUAAAGUGAUUUGGAGACAAUCUACCAAAUUUAUAGUGAAGAAGGAUUUAUUAUGUUGCUCAGAAAUAUACUCUGCCUUGCUUUGAAGGACUCUCAUUUUACAUGGAAAUGAAAUCUCUAGCUCAAUAAAAGUAGUCAUAAAGCUUCAAAAUAUAUAUCCUUGUUAGUACAAAAAGAUAAUCUAUAUUACUAAACUUAUCAAGUAAUAUUUGUAUGAGUGUAUAUAUGUUCAUUUAAGCUUAAUCAGCAUAGUAGCAGGAAAAUUCAUCAAUAAAUUCAGGAAUAAAUGGUUUUAAGGUUUUUUUUUUUUUUUUUGAGAUGGGGUUUGGUUACGUAGUUCAGGCCGGUAUUGAACUCAUUAUUGUAGCUCAUGCUGGCCUCAGACUGAAGGUUGAUCCUCUUGCCUCAGACUCCAGAGUGUUGGGAUUACAGGUGUGCACCAUUACUCCCAGAUUAAAAAGGUGUUUUACAACAUGAAAAUAAAGAAAUAAUGUUGGUCAA